CGUCACCGGGGGUGGGGUUACGUGUGGGUGACGUGGCGGCUUCUAGUCUUUGGUCGGGUUUCGGCGGCUUCGGUACCCGGGGGGAAGGCGGUGACGACCCGGGAGAUUGUGGCAGUGGCGGUGGCGGCGGCGGCGCCAGGCGGCAGAGAGGAGUCCAAGGUUAUGCGUCUCAAUGAUCCCGCGGAAACGCUACGGGUCUAAGAACACGGAUCAGGGUGUCUACCUGGGUCUCUCAAAGACACAGGUCCUGUCCCCUGCAACUGCUGGCAGUAGCAGCAGCGACAUCGCCCCUCUGCCCCCCCCAGUGGCCCUGGUCCCUCCCCGUCCCGACACCAUGUCCUGCCGGGAUCGGACCCAGGAGUUCCUGUCUGCCUGCAAGUCCCUGCAGAGCCGUCAGAAUGGAAUCCAGACAAACAAGCCAACUCUGCGUGCUGUCCGGCAGCGCAGUGAAUUCACCCUCAUGGCCAAGCGCAUUGGGAAAGACCUCAGCAACACAUUUGCCAAGCUGGAGAAGCUGACAAUCUUGGCAAAGCGCAAGUCCCUCUUUGAUGAUAAAGCAGUGGAAAUUGAGGAGCUAACUUAUAUUAUCAAACAGGACAUCAAUAGCCUUAACAAACAAAUCGCCCAGCUUCAAGAUUUCGUGAGAGCCAAGGGCAGCCAGAGCGGCCGGCACCUGCAAACCCAUUCCAACACCAUCGUGGUCUCCCUGCAGUCAAAACUGGCCUCCAUGUCCAAUGACUUCAAAUCAGUUUUAGAAGUGAGGACAGAGAACCUGAAGCAGCAGAGGAGCCGGCGGGAGCAGUUCUCCCGGGCACCCGUGUCAGCCCUGCCCCUUGCCCCCAACCACCUAGGGGGCGGUCCUGUGGUUUUGGGGGCGGAGUCUCGAGCCUCUGGGGACGUGGCCAUUGACAUGAUGGACUCUAGGACCAGCCAGCAGCUGCAGCUCAUUGAUGAGCAGGAUUCCUACAUCCAGAGCCGGGCAGACACCAUGCAGAAUAUUGAGUCCACAAUUGUUGAGCUGGGCUCCAUCUUCCAGCAGUUGGCACACAUGGUUAAGGAACAGGAAGAAACCAUUCAGAGGUGAGAUUCUUUCUCUCCUUAACUUCAAAAACAGGAGCCUUCUCUUCCCUGUGGAUUGGCAUCCUAAAGGUCCCCAGGGACAGCUUGAUGCCCUUUGGAAGAGAAGAGUGAAUCCUGUCCACCCAUAGGGUCAAGUUCACCUGCCUCCAUCCCCUCAACAAGUGUUAACUGAGCACCUGUUCCUUGUCAAGCACUGUCCUAGGUGCUGGGGAUACGGUGAUGAAUAGCACAGUUAAGUCUAUUUUGUGGAGCUUACUUUGUAGUAUGGAAUUUAAUAGUGUGGGUGAGGACAGCUGUUAAAAAGAAUUGAGAAGAAAUUUUCAGGUACUGAUAAGGGCUAUACUGAGAAUUAAAGUAGGAUGAGGUGUUCAGAAAGUGAUGGAGGAGGUAUAUGAGAUUGGGUGGCAGGGAAGACUUGAUAUUUAAGCAGAGACAUGAACUACAAGAGGGAUCCAACCAUGCAAAGGAGAGGGUAAGAGUUGUCUAGGCCGUGCGGACAGCUA